AUGGAAACAAAAAAGAACAGACCACCAAACCUCUCAUUAAAACCAGAAAAAGACGGAAAGAAGGACGAAAGUUCAGGAUCACCAGAUUGCAACGCCAAUAUUCAAUCGUUAAAGGAAAUGGAUAAACUCGGAAAUCUCAAAGUACCAGUAAGCCCUUUAUCCAAGAGAUGGUUCAGGAAGCAAUUUGGUAUACGCAAAGAUGGAGCACGACUUCAAGAUGAUGGGGCGAAACUGCAAGCACCAAUAAAUAAUGCAACGUUCCAGAAAAGUCGUCGUCGGUCAAGCUCGCUACCAGACCUCGCCGCGAUGUUGGAUGCUGCAAGUUUGAAGAGGCAUGCGUCGCUAAGAACGCGGUCACCUGAUCCCACAAGGAUGGUGCCAUUCAGAAAGGAGCCUAUUCUUACUAAGUAA